AUGUCAGAUAGUUUUCAAGACUGGAGCUGCAGCAGUGCAUGCUCACCACCUCAACACUGUCAUUUACCACGCUGCACAAAAGUUCUUUUCCCAGAAACAUUUAGUGGAUCAGGAAAGGCAAGUCUCAGCAUUGCCUGGGUUCGAACCGAGGGGGAUUAGAUACAAGUCGGUGUGUUAAGGAAAAAUCAACGCAAGACCCACAAAGUCAGAAAGAACAAAACGAGCUUUAAAGUUUGCUGUUUAUCGGGCCAAUAUUGCAUACGAUAAAGCCAUUUAAAACUUGCAAAAAAUGUGUUACCGCACACAUGUCCAAACGUAAUUUAAAUGUUUUGAAAAACUGUGUCUCGCGGUUCAUUAUUAAUCCGUGAGAAACCAAACAGAAAAAUUUGUAAAGCUCAGUGUGCUCUUUCGGACCAUGUGGGUCUUUUGUUGAUAAUCCCUUGAUAUAUGGACUCGUAUCCAGUCUAUCUCAGUUUGAAACUAUUCUAUUUUAAUAGUAACCAUUUAAAAAUGGUUACACGGCGAGAACGUCGAUACUGUCACGUAUUAUUUAAAUCAAAAUGGAGUCAAGUAGUUUGAUUAAUUAAUGACACAAACUAGACAAUCCCUUCCAUUUGUGCAUUUCAUUAUGGCGGAGAACCAUAGGCAAUAAAAUUUGGUCAUCUAUGCAUCCAAGAAAAUUUGGUAAUCACUUGACCGUACGCCUGUCCGUCGGCACCUCAGGAAAACCAACGUGAAAUGUCAUUUUCUAGCAAGAGUUGCAGCUCGCAAUUUUAGACCUUCAUCUUGAGCUUAAAGUCAGAAAGAACAAAACGAGCUUUAAAGUUUGCUGUUUAUCGGGCCAAUAUUGCAUACGAUAAAGCCAUUUAAAACUUGCAAAAAAUGUGUUACCGCACACAUGUUAAGCUUAAUGUCUGAACGAACUAAAUCAUUAGUCCUUAAACACGAGCGUGCAUCUCCCACACUUUGCUUGAAAUGUCAUUUUCUAGCAAGAGUUGCAGCUCGCAAUUUUAGACUUUCAUCUUGAGCUUAAUUGACAGCUGUCAAAUCAGGGUAUCCGCUGAACAGUGUCACAUAAUAUCGAUUUUGUAUCAUGGGCUUAGGGAGCUCAACUCAUAUAGGUCACACGUUUUCUUAGUUGUCCGCUGACCAGUUAUUACUGGCUGAAAAUUGAUCGCAGGCUCAAGUUACAGACGUAUUUCAUCGGAAGGUCGUUUUUGAAUUAACAGAAAAUCCUCUUUCAGCUCUGGCCAAAUUUACAUAUUAUACACUUUUAUUGAUCAAUCUUUUAAGGUCAGUGUGCACGUGACACUAAGCCAUGGUGAAAAGUUUUCUCGUGUCCACUCACCUGCUUCAUUGUGGGUUCAUUCUGUCAGUACACGUGGAUUUGAGGCAUGCGCACGUGUGGCAGGUGAUGGAUCAAAUGGAACUGGAAUCAUAAACUGGAUGGCUUUCGAAGAUCAACCACAAGUUACAUCUGGCAGCCUAGCGUUUGGUGAAAUGUGGACAACAGAAACCAAGUGCGACAUAGUAACCUUUAAACAGGUGAGGCGACAUUGGUUUCUCACCUAGGAACGCUUGAUCGACUGUCUAGAAAUUUUGUUUCUUUGUUACCCUAACGAAGAUAUGUGAAUAUUUCAGAACAUUGCUGCAAGACCCUUUGUGUUUGUCUCGGCGAAGUACACUCGAACCACAAAGCCCAAUGAUGCAGUGUAUGUUUGGUUGGAGAAUGUCAGUUCCAGAGGUUUCGAGGUGUGCAUCAGGGAAUUCUCCCCAUUUGAUGGAAAACACCAAGAUACAGUCGUGGUUUGUAUAUUUUUGCCAUCUGAAUACCAUCAUCGACAUCAUCACCUUUAUGAUAAUAAUCACCAUCACUACUGUCAUUAUUAUAGUUACCCAUCCCCGCGAUUAUCUUCACUUAAUCAUCAUCACAUUCGUGUCACUGAUAAUCAACACUACCACCGCCAACACUUCCAGUAUCCUUUCAACAUCAUCAUUUUCGUCACCAUCUUGAUCGUCGUUUUCAUCAUUUUAAUGUACUUUUUAUUACUUUGAAAAGGUCUUUUUUGUUUUUCAAUAACAAAAGGAUAGGUCACGGAGGUGUAACAGAAAGUUAUCAUUACGAAUAUGAAGACCUUCUAGUUCUAAAACAGUGCAAAGGUGCAUUGAAUCGGAUAAUUUUCUCGCUCCUCGGCCUUCUUAAAAAUAAUAACUUCGUUUCGCACUCGGUCAUUAUUUUAAGAAGGCCUCUGAGCUCAGGUAUUAUCCUAUAUAUGACUAUCAGGAACAUGCUCCUUUGGCUUGAGCAGAAAAAUUUUCUCCUAUUAGCUUACUGUUGUUUUUGCAAGGUUAGAAAUAACAAUCGUUUUACAGUAUCUGUAAUCAGAAAGUAUAAAUUUUGAUUUCAAAACUCUUAUGCUAAUACUUAUUUAUUUUAUACUUGCAGGACUGGUUCGCAUUUUUGGGUAACGGUUCCAGUUUCAAUUUUACGAAGACAGGAGAAGUAACUUUACCCAACAUUGGCAAACCGAUAGCAUAUGACAACUAUGGAUUCUGUCAAGUAUCGUACUCUUUUAAGGAUGUUAUAGUUUUUGUGCACGCCUUGUGUGCCUGUCUUUCUUUAGGAAUCAUGGGAUUCCAACCCCAUGUGCUUCGCGUUCAAAAGUUUUGGUUAUUCGUGUUUGUGGAUUUUGUGAGCGUUUAAUCGAAUUCAAGCCUGAGGUUAUCAAACAGCGACGUACUGGCCUUUAAUCCCUUUCUAAUAUACUUUGACAUGUUACACUUGGUUACCUUCAUAUUUAGAACAGAUUUUGCUGAGGUUUGAACAAUGUCUGAUCGAAAUCCCAUGGAAAGUCACAGCUUUGUUUUCACACUAAAUGUCAAAACAAAAUAAUAUUCUGUAUUUGAAAAAAAUAACAAGAGAGAUUUCGAGACUCUUGACAAUAAAACACCGGUUCCCUCAUUUAGCUAUUGACGGUUUUUUUUCAGUCGAUCAAAGAAAUCCAAACUCACCGAGACGUGUUAGAGAUUGCGCUCAUGAUAGGGUUUCGAAAUGACUUCUAGUACUACAUUCUGCCGUAGCGUGUACAUUUUUUCAUGUUGACAAAUUGACUGAAUGUUACACUCUUUUAACUGUUUUAACAGAAUAUCAACUACAACACCACCUUCUACGCACUACCUGUGGUCCUGGUUUCCGUUCAGCACUAUUACGACCGCAACAAGAAAAACAUCAUUCUACCAGAAAAUAAUAUUGUCACAGCAUGGGUGGAGGUAUGCUAGGUGAUACUUUUCUCCAGUUCUUCGCUUAUUUUUAAUUCUUGAACAUGCGGCGCAAAGUCAACUUCAUCAAAGCUAGUUAUGUUCCAUUUCAGGAAGUUGGCUUGAAAUCCAUGAUGAUUUGUGUCAGAGACUUGAGUGGAAUGGGGACAAAACACGAUCCUCUGUCGGUCAAUUAUAUUGUUACUGGAGGUGAGUGCUGCACAGAUAAAAUCAACGCUUCGAUGACUUCAGAGCAUGCAAGGAUGGUACAGAUGUUUAGUGCGCGGCUCUCGGCUCGGUGCGUGAGAUCCCAAGCUCGAUCCCCGGUGACAUCAUAUCCUUGUUUCAACACUUCUCCUUUCUGUGUAGCUUCAACUACCUUUAAAUACCCUUAAAAUGGAACGUUGAUGGAAAGAGAGGGGUAAAAUGAGCGAGCCGUCGACUUUAAGAUUAUCAGUUCAAUUUCUGUCAAACGUUAUCGACGUAAAAUAUGGUUCCUUUGACUUAACCUUUUUUAAAAAUCAUCUUCAGCAAGAGAGAAUAGCUCAAAAGUUAUAAUUUUUUGUUUCAUAUACACUGCAUAUAUUAAAUAACUUACAACUUAGAAGCGAAACUGUCACCUAUCGGGUACAUUUACAUGUGGAGUUAACUGCGAACUGCGUUCAUGUCUGAACGAACUAAAUCAUUAGUUCUUAAACAAGAGCGUGCAUCUCCCACACUUUGCUUAUGCAACGGCGAUUUCACAGAUCAGUUUAUUUUUAGCAUCCUUUUGGAGCACUACAAGGUUCCCGCGAAAAUGUAAGCAUCGUCUCGUAUGCGUGCGCAUCCAUAGUACGCAUAUGCGUGCGCAUCCAUAGUACGAUAAUAACGAAAAGAAAAAGUAAAUGCUGUCAAAACAUCAGAAACACUGUCUUCUAGUCUCCGCUUUUUGAUUAUUGAUUUGUAAGAAUUAUUUGAUGGUCAAAAUUCGAGGGAAAAUCGAACUAAAAAUAGACUGGUCUCUGAAUACACCGUUGCAUGGACACAAGGGAGUUGCUCGCUCCGUGCUUAUGGGCUACUGGUGAAACUAUUGUGUUGGCAAGAUUAGGAUGCUCUGGUAGUAAAACUAACCUCACAUAUAAUUUCAAGCGUAAUCAAGCUACAUUAGUUUUGUUUUUCAGACCUCGAUCCUUGCCUUAAUGUCGUUUGUCCGUCUUUUGGAGUCUGCAAGGCAUACAGUCCACGUGAAACACGCUGCGUGUGUUUCGAAGACUGCCCGACCUAUCAGGACCCAGUAUGCUCUGCGAGUGGAAAAACAUACGACAACAAAUGCUGGCAAGAAUUGAGCUACUGCAAGGGGCUGGAUAAUACCCUUGUCUACCAUCCUGGGAGCUGUGAAGGUGGGAAUAAUUGAUUUUUAGAGCGAAUUCUUAUAUUCAGGGUUCGUACUCUUUUAGGCUCUUUAAAUUCCCUUACUUUUCACGACUUUUUAUAGACCUUUUCAAGUUUUCCAAGACCUUAGGUUUAGUUGUCAGUUUCAAAAAGUUUUAAAAUUUUCCCGUUUUGGGGUAUUUUUUUUCUUAAACAGUUCAACAGUCACAAACUCUGGUGUUCACCAAAAUGCGUGCCGUUUGCGCUGUUUAAUUACUCCCCUCUAUCUUACAUUGUCCUUGCUUUGUCAUCUGCAGUAAGUAAACUACCAAACAAAACUUUAAUUUUCCAUGACAUUCAAGGACCGACAAUUAUAUUCCAUGACUUUCCAGGCCUGGAAAAUAAAAUUCUUAAAUUCCAUGACCUGUAAAAACCCUGUGUAUUUACGAUAGGAUGGUUCUUAGUCUCAUUUAUUCUUAAUACUCUUUUUAAAAGGUUUUCCAGUUGUUCGUGGCCGUGUUGACCUUCACCGAGCCCCAAAAUGGACAGAUUCCACCUGCCAGACGGUGUAUUUCCCGCGUUAUCGCUUUUAUCCGGAUAAACAAGUUCAUGUUCAAGUUACUGUUAAUCACGUGAAAUUGAAUGACUCCGUGACAGUCCACGAUGCCGUCACUUCAUGGACUGAAAGUGUUAACACCCAAAACUUUACAGUUUGCGUUUUGCAGGCAGGAAGAAAGAGCGGAGAAAUUCUUAAUCCCUUCGCGACAGUUGAUUGGCUGGCUUACCAAGGAGCACCACCCAAUGGAAUGACGGGAACGAUUAAGAUGCAAAAGUGGUGGUCUGGAACGAAAUGUGAACAUGUAGCUUUUCCCAGGGUAAAAUCACAAAAUUCUUUAUACCCUACUCGGAAAGGAGGCCAGAAGGAAGCACCCUGAAUACCCUGAAUGAAGACGAGCAGCCUCGUUUUCACCUUGGCCUCAGCUCCCAAAGUUAAGGUCACACUGUUAUUUUUAUUUAUUCAUUUACUUUUUUUUCACACUGUUAUUUUGGCCUUGUCCCCCGUUCUCAAGGACCAAAGUGUUUUCUUGAACAAGACGGACCGUUGCCGUCAAAAAUUUGGAAUUUAAAAAAAUUAUCUUCCAAGCUUUUUUAUGAAUAAUUUUUUUGGAUUUUAUUAUUGUUACGAACGGCAAAUGAUUGUCUUUGCUGUACUGUGGGAGCCACUUUAAUAGCUAGGAUCGGACGGCGCACAAAACGGAUUCUGUACAAUUUUUGGGACGAUAAAUGUCUAACCUCAGAUUCUCUAAUCUUACGCAGAACAAGUUUGAGGAUAUACCUCUUGUUCUUGUGACCGCGGAACACGUGAGGACUGGAAAGGAGUAUGAUGCAUCCCUUAUAUGGACAGAAGACCCAAAUAAGGACUCAUUUAAAGUCUGUCUUCGUGAAAUGCAGAACUUUGAUGGAAAACAUGAAGACAUUACCGUGGUAUGUUCUCGUUUUAAUGUUUCAAAAAUCUUAUUUUUAAAAAAGUUAAAUAUAAAAUGGUGGAAUAUGAUCGUCCCGUUGAGUGUAGUCCGUGGGUCAAUUAAAUAAAACUUUUACAAGUCACAGGGUAAUUAACAGGUGUAUUAUCCUUUUACAGUGUUAAGACUCUCCCUUCACAAUACCCACAUGUUGAACCCCUUGAUUUAAAAUGACCACCUUACAUUCAAAGCAAGCUUUAGAGGAAUUAUAUCUCCUAGAAAAAAAGAAGCUGAAAAUUCUAAGAAGUCGAACAAUUCUAGAACAAAUACCUUCCAAAAGCCUCAUUGCGCGAACAGAAUUCUCAAGACAUACCAGUUUUAAGCCAGUGAGCACAAACGCGGCAGGUGUCCCUGAAGCAACUAGCAGAAACAUUGAUUCAGUGUCAAAACUAGAUUAUGCCGAUCUGGUUUUCUACCCUGUACCACAAUUCUUACUUCGCCGUUUGCAACGAGUUCAAUUUGCUGCUGCAAGUUUUGUACUCGGUCACUAUGUUAAGAACUUUUGGGAUGUACUUAAAAUCGGAUGGCUUCCAAUCAAUGAGAGAAGAGAUCUGAACCUCCUGAAAUCAUGCUUUAAAGCUUUGUAUAACACUGAGACUUGGCCAGAUUAUCUUAAAAUAAUAAAACAGGAAUGCGCAAGGAACUGCUCUCAAGCAAUUCAAUAAGAUUAGUGGACCGACCGAAAACGGCACUUUCCAAGAUAACGCGUCGAAUCUGUUUAACAAUCUACCAGAAACUAUUAGAAACUGUGAAGAUUACAGAACCUUAUGUAACAGAGUACAGAGUGAUUAGUUAGUUUUACUGUAGUUUCGAUUAUGUUAAUCCUGCUUCUACUUUUAAUUACAUAUUGCAUAAUUUGUAAAUAACUUAUAAUAAUUUGAUUUAUUUAAUUGUAAUUGAUGUACUUUAACAGGCAGGAGCCACCCAGUGGAUCUGUUAAUAAACCAUUAUCAUUAUCGUUAUCGUUGUCGUUGUCGUUGUCGUUGUCGUUGUCGUUGUCGUUGCCGUUGCCGUUGCCGUUGCCGUUGCCGUUGUCGUUGUCGUUGUCGUUGUCGUUGUCGUUGUCGUUGUCGUUGUCGUUGUCGUUGUCGUUGUCGUUGUCGUUGUCGUUGUCAUUGUCAUUGUCAUUGUCAUUGUCAUUAUCAUUGUCAUUGUCACUGUCACUGUCACUGUCACUGUCACUGUCAUUGUCAUUGUCAUUGUCAUUGUCAUUGUCAUUGUCAUUGUCAUUAUCAUUGUCAUUAUCAUUAUCAUUAUCAUUAUCAUUAUUAUUAUUAUUAUGAUAUGUUUUGAACCUAGGAGUCACGUCAAAAUUAAAAUGAAUAUGUCCGUUUGUGUUAGUGCGUGCAGAAGUUAUCAUACCAGUCAAAGCGGCUUCUCUUUCCUCUGUUGUAGCCACAGAUGUUUGCCAAAAAACGGAUGGCAAAUUACUGAUAUCGCGGUUUAACUGAUAGACGAGAAAUGACAUCCUGACUUUAUUGACUAGUCAUAAGAAAGCAAGAGAAGGAAAGUUACAUCUAAACUUUCAUUGAUUGUAGUGCUCUUUUAAUUGUAAAAAAACUUUGUUUCAGAACUGGCUGGUAUUUGAUGAGCUGAGCAAACCGUUCUUCACUGAGGGUAAUUCUGUACGGUUUUUAAACACAAAGCUACCUAAAGAUGAAGAUAACAACGCUUACUGCCAGGUGAGUAAAAGGGAAGAAAAACACAGUUGAAAUGACAUAUAAAAGGAAAUACCGUAUUUAUUCGAUUAAACGCCGCCCUCGAAUAGACGCCGCACCUAAUCAAAAGAAUGAUGCGUUUACUCGACGAUAAUAAGAAAAACCUCGGUACAACUUGGUAAUUUACACCAUUCAGACACUUACGAUUUUAUCUCAGCAAAAUAAGAGAGACAUUGGAACCUUUAAAUUACAUAAUAUUUACAAACGAUUUACAAUAACUGUUGUCAGUGACUUUUAAAAAAGUGAUUUCGCAAUAAACGCCGCCCUUGAAUAAAUGCCGCAUUAGAAACGUUAAAAAUUAAAUUAACGCCGUGGCGUUGUUGGAAUAAAUACGGUAAACACAAAUUUUAUGGCGGAAUACUAAGAGAAAAGAGGGCGGAAAAAUUGUCUUAAAAAUCAGAGACAGAUCUCUGAGCAGCUAAGAUUCUUUUCCUGUAGCAACAAAGUUCAUUUUAAAAAAGCGGACACUUACUCCUUGGUUUCUAUAUUAGCGUAAAUUUUUUUUCAGCUUAUUUAUUUUAAAUUACAGUUUGUGAAGUUUGAAAGAAGCUACAACACGACACCCUCAGUGUUACUUACAGCCAAUCACAGCAGCACGGCUCCUGGAAACUGCGCACCAGUGCAUAAUGGCAUUACAACAUGGAUUGAGGUAAAAGAAAGGAGAAGUGUGACGUCACGUUGUUACUGUAGCGACAUUUGUUAAUCUUAACGACCUUUCUUGAUAGAGACCAUUUGCAUUGUCGAUCGAUUGCUGAAAACUAUGGGCUGGCGUUUUUUCUUUCUUUUCGGAAAUUUAUAAUUAUUGUCAGCACCCCGGCAUGUUGUGAUCCGUAAAUUUUGCUACCACGGUAACGUGACGUAACGACUUCUCCUCUCUAUUUAAAGCAUCUUGUUUGUUGAAAAUCAUUGUCUUUUUUAAGCAAAGGAACAAACUCUUAAAAUGAUGCAAUGUCGGAGUCGUACACAGGUGUACUUUUUCCUUGAAAAGUCAUUAUGUUGGAUCGUACGGACCUGCCUGACCUCCUAUUAGUGACGUCAUUCGUUCCACAGGUGGAAACCUAAUUGACUGGAAAUCUAUUUAAAUUAUAUUGUGCGGUGGGCACUUGAGUUUCCGGCGAAUUGAUGGAAUUGAGUUCUGAAUAUGUGCACCAGGUUGCUCAGCAUGAUUCAAAAUGGCUUUUCUAGAUGCUGCAUGUUACAUGUCAAAAAUUAAAAUCAGGUUAAAUUUUUUUAAACUGUAUAGGUUGAUCAUCAAUUUCGUUUGUCUUCUAGCGCUAAUUUAUGUAUAAUGAGGACUGGGAGACAAAGAAAAUUAAGAAUAAAUCUAGGUUGAAAAAUUUUAACCUGAAUUUAAUUUUUGACUCGUAACAUUUACAACCUUUGGAAGGGAGUUUUUAAAUAAUCGGACGGACUUAUAUCAGAAAGCUGAGAGAACAGACAGUAAACAUCGCUGAUCAGAAAAAUUACGUGUACAGGGUGUCUCCAAAGUUCGUUCCGAUUUUUUAUUCGCUUAACUUUCACUAAUUAUUAACAAAAACCUUUUGUAAAACUUAGUAUGUUAUUCAUUAUUCAUUUAACAUUCAAUACCUAAAGUAUUAGUAACCAGAACGUCUUCCUGUUUGUUUUCCGACAUUUUCUAAGCGGUGAGGUAUAGAAUGUAAGAGUUCCCAAAGCGUGUCCAAAGUCAUAUUCUUCCAGGCGAAGCGUAGUCACUGUCUUAGCUCGUCCAAUGUUUUUGGUGCUGGAUCUUUGUAUGUUGUCUCGUCUACGAUAAUCCAGAUGGUCUCUAGGGGUUAACAUCACGUGAGUUUGCCGGCCGGUCCUCCUUUGGUAUAAAGUUGACAAAUCCUUCGGACACCUUGCUUGCAUGAAGGGUGCACCGCCUUUUUCUCUUCGAGGCUUUCCAACUUUUUUUGGUAACUUUUCCCCAUACCGUACGCGUUGUGCUCGAAACUUUGAUCGAUAAUGUGAAGUUGAAAUUUUUUUACCUUUCUGUUUUGUGGAAUUAUUACGCAUAUACUUACAGCUUUUUCGAUAAUAUUUCUCACACAGUUUGUGAAAAAACGGCCAUCCACUCCUUAGUUUGUCUUGUAAGGUCUUUACUUUUGACCACUUUUUAGGUCAUCGUUCAGACUUCUUCAACAAUUUGGCGAUUUUUUUUUCGACUGAAUGGCCAGAAGACCAUAAAAAUAGAUGCCUGAGCUCUAGCACAAACAUUGUAGGCCUUCAUUUUCAUGAGGGAGUAGAGAAAAUAAAAGAAAACGAUAAAAAAAAAGUAAAAUACCAAAAUAGAAAACCUACAAAAUGGGCGGGAAAAGUAUGGCGGGAAAAACCUCGCGUACGUGUAUAGUUGGGGCAAAAGGUUAAAAUAAAAUUAUAAUUUCUUCAAAUUUUAGUUUGAAAUCGCCCGGCUUUGAACGGUUAUUUAGGUAAAUUUUUUACCUUAAUCAGUUUACAUUUGCCUAAACAAGCAUUAAAUGCUUUGCGCAAAAUACAAUUUACAAUCGGAGCCCGGUGGGCAAAUUGUUAGAAAGGUGUAUCAUCAAAAGAAGAAUCUUUCCAGUUCAAACUGAAGCGAAAAACCAAUUUGUGAAAACUGUCAGAUGCGCUUUAUUGGCACCUCUAUUUUUUAUUUGCAGAACAUGAACGCAACCGGUUUCAGGGCGUGUUUGAAGGAGUUGUACGAGACAAGAUACGAUCCCGUGUCAGUGAGUUAUAUGGUACUUGCAGGUCAGUUAGCAAGGAAUGUGGCUUUUCUUAUGCAGCAAAACCUUAUGUCUUAGUCAGAAGCAGUUUCACGUAAGCCACAUGCACAAAUGUCACGUGGAAUCAUUGCUUAGCGCUUUUAUAUCUUACUCGUGCCCAGUUGUCGAUCAGUUUCCUAUUGAUAAAACUAGAGAACCCUGGUCAGUGUUUCCCCUAUCCUAUCACCCCUCGCGCUCCCUUUAAUCACGCCUCUCGCGUUCUAUUCCCCGCGUGCCGUUCCCGCAUCCAAAUAGAGAGGACUAUUUUCUCAGCUUAUAAGAAUUCGUCAGCCUAAAGGCAUUGAUUGAGUAGCAUAAGGUGCUAAGUAUGAAUUCCGGCGUAUCUUGGCAAUCCGUCGAAUUACGUCUCCAGUACUCUACUAACUGACAGCAUUAGCCAAUAGCCAUUAGUGAGCUAAAGACCAUUUCUUAAAUAAAUUAAACUUUACGUUUCCACAGAUAUCUGUGAUCCUGGAUGGAGCUAUUUCAAUGGAUUCUGUUAUUUUACGAGUGAAAAAUGCGUUAAUUGGACAACAGCUCUAAUGAAAUGUCGUCAGGAAAACUCGGUCCUUGUUGAUGUUACCAAUGAUGAGGAAAAUGUUUAUAUUCAACAUCGCCACAAUGGAAAAAAAUCCUGGCUGGGCUUGAAUGACGUCUCUACGGAGGGUAACUUCACUUGGGCGGAUCGCGGUGAGGGGAACUUUACAGCUUGGGCGAAGAAUCGGCCAAACAACUUAAACGAAGAAGACUGCGUUCACGCACUCGGUCUUAGAUACAACUAUGAAUGGAAUGACGUGAAAUGUAGUGAUUGUCAUCAGUACACUUGUAAGAAAGGUAGGAUGGUAGCAAUAUUAAGCACUGUAUGUAUUUCUGUCUGUGUCAGACGCUUCAGUGGUACUUGUUACCAGUUACAGCUUGCUUUUGCAAAGCGGAAGUCAAUAAUAUUAGCUUACACUGUUUGAUGUAGCUGAAAAACCAUUAACAAAAACAUCUUCGCCACUUAUUACAAAGCCUAUCUUUUGUUUGACAAUAAAAUGAGUGUGAGCCUUCAUAUACAGACUUUGUAAAGAAACACUUUUGUAUAAUGAAAGAUGUUAUUAACAGUGGUAUGCCUUUGUAUGGUAGAGCUCGUUUAUCGUUGUUUUCAAGAGUCACUUAUUUGUUCUUCAUCGCAACGAAUCGACUGUGUACUGCUGGUCAGUGUGCUAUUCUUCAUCAGAGGAUGUUGUCGGUUUUCUACAUGUGACACUGGACGAAAAAACGGAUUUACCUCUAUAGCAAAUUUUGAGCAAACCAUCUGCAAAUGCCACAUUUUCUUAAUUUUGCUCAAUUUUACCCCAUGACGUAGGACCAAAUUUGCCAUAAUUUUGCAUUAAUGGCAAAGGUGGUAAAUGCUGCAUUUGCCUCAAAUUUGCCGAGUGUGUAAAAACAAGGAUAACCUUUACUUUAUCAAGGCAUUUACAGGGGUGUCAAACUUGAUAGCAAAAGUGAUAUUUGUCAGGUUUUUGCCCAAAUGGGCAAAAGCGAUGGACGAUGAAUUUUUGAACGCUUUUGCUCCCUAUAGCAAAUUCGGUCAAAGUAGUCAUUUCCCACAUUUUUGCUAAAUGUAGUAAAAGUGACCAAAACUCAUUUCUCAACAGUUUUUCCCAGGAUAGUAAAUCUGAAAAUUCAUCUCAUUUGUGUUUCUCCUAGUGUAGUAAAUGAGGUCAAAUUAUCACUUCUUCCGUAUCUUUUCCGUAUCAAAUAUUUGCAAAUGAUUAGUUUUAGUUAUAAGAUUUGCUUUUUUUUUUCUGCCCUUUCUCCUUUCACUUUGUUUCCUUUUUAAGCUUCGCGACCUAACUGGAAUAUACAGUACCUUGAUCACCUUACUAAAUCGUUAUGUGAGGAAAAAAAUAGAAAUGUACCAUUGAUCAUUUUAAGCAUUGCACUGUACUGUAAAGUGAUCAAUCAAUGCCUAACAGAAAGGAUUCCUCAACAUCAAGCUUCGCACCUAACUGGCAUAUACCUUGAUCACUUACAAUGUACAUGUACAUGUAGCAGCCAAACAUUCUAUUCAAAAUUUGUGGAAAAAUGAAGAAACUUGAAAUAUUAUCGGAACUGAUUUGCAGUUGAGGUCAAAAGAUGCAGCUAACAAAACAAAAUUGUCUUUCUUCAACUAUGUCCGUGGGUGUUGCUGAUUUAAACUUAAUUACAAACUGUUAUCUGCAAAACUGGUUUGAUGUUAAACUAAAGUUGUUGUAAUUCACUCUAUCAGUUUUAAUGUAGCAGUGGUAACAUUUUUGCCCAAAAGUCACGCAUAAACAUACAAAACUUUCUAGACGAAACAUGUAAAUUUGCACACAAAAAAUGCAUCUGUAUAUCUUGACAAGAAAACGAUGAACCUUAUUUUUAUUCAAAAUGUUUUAUAAAAGUGAAUGCCUAGAAUUAGGAUUCCUCAGCAUCAAAGCUUUUGAAUAUACCUUGAUCACCUUACCAAAUCGUUAUUUGAGGAAAAAAAUAGAAAUACCAUUGAUCAUUUUUCAUAAAUUACUAUAAAGGAUCAAUCAAUGCCUAACAGAAAGGAUUCCUCAGCAUAAAGCUUCGCACCUAACUGGAAUAUACCUUGAUCCUUACUAUGUACAUUUUGCAGCCAAACAUUCUAUUAAAAAUGGAAAAAUAAAGAAACUUGAAACAUAUUAAACUGAUUUGACCAAAAACUCACUUUCUUCAACUAUUCCAUCAUGGAAAACAGAUCUAUUUUUUCCCAAAACUUGGAUUCCAAAAUAGUCUGGAAGUAUUAAAAAUUCUAUCAGUUUUAUAUAAAAAUGACAAACCUUCAUCCUCAUUACGAAACAAAUGAGACAAAACAUGUUUCUUGAUAAGAAUCCUAUCCAGAUGAUCUCUUGCUUGGAGUAAAUGAGCGAAAAAUCAAACUGGCUUAAAAUAUUGAGCGUCGUUGACCUGACCGUUGAAUUGAAUGGAAGCCCGCCAAUCUCGUUCCCAGAGGCCGCGAUCUUCCGUAUUUUUUCGUAUUUUCAGUGUGGCAAAUAUGAUCAAAAUAGUCGUUUGCCACUGUUUUGCUCAGGGUAGCAAAUUUGGCCAAAUACCACUUUAUUCUCAAUUUUGCUCAGGAUGACAGAUAUGAUCAAAACAGUAGUUUCCCAUACUUUUCCCCACUGUAGCAAAGUUGAUCAAAUAUCAGUUCGUCUGUAUCCUUCGCUCAGGAUGGGAAAUAUUGCCAUAUAAUAGCAGUUUUCCAUACUUUAAGUCAGGUAAACAAAGUUGAUUAAAAUAUCACUUUUAAACUUUCGCUCAAGAUAGCAAAUUUGAUCAAAACAUCAUUAUCCACAUGUUUCCUAUUUUUAUUUGGUACCAUAAAUGACUGACAAACAAUUUAGACACCAACCAAAAUUUCAAUAAAAUGACUUUAUUAUCUUUAAUAUACACUGUACAAUAAAAAGUAAGCUAAAUUAAAAGAAAGUUCCAUUGGCCUCUGCAGGGCACUGCGUGUAUCAAAAAAUGUAUGCCUUUAAAUAAAAAGCACGUAAAUUGUGAAACUAACUAAAUUCAUACGUGUAUAAGAAUAUACAUUGGGUUUGAAAGUACAAGUCAACACAAGCUGGUUCAUAGUUAUCUAAGGUUGGCACAGGUUAAACGUAACUCUGUUUGAGUGGUAUACUUCAAAUAUACUCUUUCUAGGUUCAAUUGAUACUAUUGGCAAAUGGUCGUAAGAUAACAACACGUACGCAUCACUCCCAAUGUACACGUAGGUGUGACAUCCUUACUAAUGGACAGAACAUCAAGCACAGGAAAUAAAAUUAGCUUCAAAUUAUUAUGAUAAGCGAUAUUCCUCAAAUAAUUAUUUAUAAGAACUUGUAGGCAGUAAAUAGGCAGUGAAUAUAUAUUUGCACCUCGCCAUAAAAUAUAUAGUGUAUCUUGUGCUAUUCACUGACCCAAGGGGAGAUAUGAGUCAUUUUUAACCAAAUCAGUUAUAUAAAAAUAUUAUUUGUAAAUAAAAUGUGUUACUAUGCGAAAGCUCUGUGCAUUUGUGCAUUUAUAUGAUUUGGGACUAUUAGUAGCACCGUGGUUGCUAGUGAUUCGUGCACUAGAAUCGAAUUAGAACCUCACUCAUGGUUGGAGGGCCGCUGGUUUCGAUCCCAAGCAUUUUUAAAAUUGUUAGUGUGAGAAGCUCUUCUCUCAGCAGGCCACUGUCGUAUCGAUCGGCUGCCGUAUUUUCUGCUUCUAGGCAUCCACCCUUUGAAAGCUCGAUUCCAUUGUUUCUGUUGUAGGAUGGACUCUUAUGGUCCCUGUCAUGUUCCUUAAUUCGUUCUUCUUCAUGCGUGCAUCUUGCUAUUUCACUAGUGUAUACUUCAACGCAUUUGCGAGCAAUCUGAUAAGGUACCCUAUCUUGUUUUCGUGAGUACCUAUCUCGACACCGCCGUUAUAUAACAUAUACCAAUUAAACAUUUUAUUUUAUCCUGUCUUUUAAUUAGAUUUCAACGAAUGCGAAAAGAAGACACAUUAUUGUCACCCAUUUGCCCAAUGUGUCAAUGAACGUGGAUCCUAUUCAUGCAAGUGCAAGCCUGGGUACGUUGGAAACGGAAGUAAUUGUGUUAAGGCAAAACCAAGAUCCUGCUCUGAAAUCAGGAAACACUUCAGCAGUAGCGGGAACUAUGUGAUUGAUCCAGAUGGCGAGGGAGGUCUGCCACCAUUCACAGUUAACUGUGACAUGACUGACAAGAAUGGUGUUGGCGUGACAGUCAUCAGUCACGACAGUGAGGGUAGAACUCAUGUGAAUGGGUAUGAAGGUAAAGGUAGCUACUCACGUGACAUUCAUUACACAGGAGCGAGUCUUUCUCAGCUGGCGAAACUCACCAGUGUCUCUUCACACUGUGAGCAAUUCAUUAAAUAUAAGUGUUACAAUUCUUUUUUGCUUCUCCAUGGCUAUGCCUGGUGGGUGUCACGUGAUUCUACUAAGAUGACAUACUGGGGCGGAGCAUCACCUGGCAGUGGUAAGUGCGCAUGCGGGAUGACCAAAUCAUGUACAAACCCCAGUCUUGUUUGUAACUGUGACGCCGUAAAAUUAGCCUGGUAUGAAGACGGCGGUCUCCUGACUGACAAGACAAAGCUUCCAGUCAAACAGCUCAGGUUUGGUGAUACUGGUCAUGAUAAGGAGGAAGGUUACCAUACGCUGGGGAAAUUGAAAUGCUAUGGCGUAGCGUAA